GGCUAUUUAUCUCCACCUUAUGGUCUAACUCACAUCAAACUUGUCUCCAGUUCUCAACAGUAAAAAUGGCUGAAGCGGCCGCCGCAUGUAUUCUAACAGAGGUGGUGUUAGUAGCUGCCAACGAUAUCGCCCUUGCUUCCGGUUACAAAAAAAAGCUGGACACACUUCACCAAACUGUAGAUCUAAUUUGUGCCAAGUUGCGCGAUGCUGAGAGACAAAAGGGAACAGAGGCUAUGAUUGUAUGGCUGAAACACCUAAAACAAGUAGUUGAUGAAGCUGAUGAUGUGUUGGAUGAGGUUCAUUUCGAAAUGUUGAGAAGUGAGGUAAAGAAACCAGAUCGGAUCGCAAGAAAGGGUUGGUUCAAGCAGAUGAAGCAAAAAAACAUGGAGAUGGAGAAUGUGGGAAAUGAUAUUUUCCAGAUUUUGGUAAGUAAUUCAUUGUUCCAAGAUGUUAAAAGGGAUGAGUAUGGUUACAUCGCUAGGUGUAAUAUGCAUGAUCUGGUGCAUGAUCUUGCUUUAUCACUAUCCAAACAUGAAAACUUAUGUCUGGUCACAGUGGACCACUAUAGCAAAGAUAAUCUUCGAAUCAACAUCUCUUUUAAAAAAUUGAUUUCCAUGGUCAAAAAAGAGAAUAAGACAGCUAGACCUUUGCAUACAUUAUUCUUCAAGGGUGAAGUUGAAAGCAUCAUUUCGUUUCAAUAUUUGAAGUGCCUACGAAUCCUAAAAUUCAAUGGAUGUAAAUUAACGAAGAUAGACAAUUCAAUUGGAGAGUUGGUGCAUCUCCGAUAUCUUGAUUUGUCAAAUACCUAAAUCAACGUUCUCCUAAAAUCUCUCUAUAAACUUUACCAUUUGCAAACUCUAAAGUUGUGUGGUUGCUAUUGUCUCAAGGAGUUGCCAUAUGACAUGAGAAAUUUGAUAAGCCUAUGAGAUUUCAAAUUUCAAGAAAACAUUCCCAUUCAUAAUGUGGGACAUUUGACUUCUCUUCGAACAUUGUCUUCCUUUGAUGUGCGUAAAAAGAAUGGGCAUCAAAUUUAAGAGCUCGGGCGUUUGAAACACCUUAGUGGAAAGUUUGUAUUUUCAAUUUAGAAGAAAUUAGCAACAAAAAAGAUGCUCUCAAGUAGUUAUACAUUUCUGAAUGCCCAAAGAUAGUUCUCUUAGAUGAAUAUCAUCAUCACCCUCUUAUUUCCUUAGAGAUGUGAUAAUUUCAUGUCCGUUAACAACAUACACGGCCUUACAUCACUCGUGUGUUUAGUAAUCAACCGAUGCCAUAAUCUUUUAAAAGUACCCGAUUUGCACAACCAAAGUCAGUCUUUAAGGAGGCUUGAAAUUAUGGAUUGCUAGAAGUUGACUUCCUUGCCUCAUGAAUUUGACACUCUGUCCUUGUUAAGGUUGGAAAGAGGUUCGUUCUCUUUGGAGCUCCAUUCUUUUCCGAGUAUUGAAAGGGCUUCAUACUUUAGAAUUGAGAGUUUGGUCUUAUUGGGAUUCAAUACUCAAAGAAGUAAAGCAUUUCACUUCGCUGACUUUCUUUAUCAUAUCUGGAUUUGGAAUCGGGGAAUUACCUUUGUGGUUAAGAAAUAUGUCAUUUAUCCGAGUUAUGAUGUUCGAUGAGUGCUCGUGGCUAGAUGAUGAAACAGUCAAAAGAGGAGCGCCUUGUGAAGCUGAUGAUGUCAUAUUAAAUGGAGAAAUAGUCUAAAAAGAGAUGCUAGUUUGUUAGUUAGUUAGAGUCUGUUAAUGUAUAAAAAUGUUGUAUCAUCUCUCAUUUUGUUCAAUAAUAAACUCCCAUUAUGAUUUGACCGGUUUUAUUUAUAAAAA